UGCCAUGCCUUGUGUAUGUGGACAUUACAUUGAAUGUGUUAUUUAGCAUAAAUGUUUGUAGGCAGAUAGUCAAAGAUAUUUACUCAAACCUUUCCAUUUUGUGAUAUGCCUAUACAGGUCAAGACUGGCAAAUGUAAUACAGGAAAACCUGGCUUUUUCGAUUUUGAGGGCCAGAGGAAAUGGCAGGCAUGGAGGGCGCUGGAGGACAUGAGUGUGGAUCAAGCUAUGCAAGAGUAUGUCACAAAAGUGGAUUCUCUGGACCCGGACAACAGUUGGAAGUCUUCUGAAAGGAGGGGUUCAGAACGAAGGACAACGUUUGGUGGCCCCGCAGUCAGCUCACUUUAUCAAGAGGAGAUGAUAAGAGAAGAGGACAAGAACAUAUUUGACUACUGCAGAGAGAACAACAUUGAGCAUAUUACCAAGGCCAUCAAUUCAAAGAAAGUGGAUAUCAAUAUCACAGACGAAGAGGGCCGGGCGAUGCUGCACUGGUCAUGUGAUCGUGGCCACAAGGAUCUGGUGUCUGUUCUCCUGUUAAACAAAGCUGACAUAAACAGCCAGGACAAUGAAGGACAGACAGCGCUACACUAUGCUUCUGCAUGUGAGUUUGCUGACAUUGUGGAGCUGCUCCUCAAGGCUGGAGCCGACCCGUUAAUCAAAGAUCUGGAAGGUUCUCUGCCUGAAGAAGUUACAGAAUCUAGCACCAUAUCGUCACUUCUGCGUCAGUACACAGCUCCCAAAGGCUGAACGCCCCCCUCCCCUCCCCUCCGCACUGCCAAAAUGCUGAUUCACCUGUAAAGUGCUUCACCGUUCCAUUCCCCCAUGCCUGUGAGAGUUAUCCAGUGUCAAAUCAGCAGUGAUGCAAACAUAUGUUUAUCCUUAUUUACAAAAUGGUCCCUUUCAAGGAUUGUUAUGUCAUUUUCAUAAUCAAUAAAGAUAAUAUUUGAAGAAAA